AUGCAAAACUUCAAUGGAGAGGAGUUGCUCUUGCUUCCAAAUGCCGUUGCUGUUCUAAUCCAGAUAUGGAGCCAGUUUUCGAGAUGGUUCCCAGAAGCUCCGGAGUUUGGUAGAAGAGAUUGCAGCCUUGAAGAGCGGCUGAGAUGGUGGCAGAGGCACUUGAAAUGCAGGAACAAACGUCACAUUUGCAUUCUGAUCCCGUGCUUAAUUUUCUGGUACAUCUGGACAGAAAGAAACGGGUGUGUCCAUUGUGAGAAUGUCUUUAAAACUGAAAAUGUUUGUAAAAGAAUUGUGUUGCACUUGCGAAAUUUGGUGCUGGCAGGACAAAUUGGCCCGGAUCAUUGGCAAGGAUGUGUGCCGAGAGUGGAUUUUAUGACAGCAAAGCCCAGAGAGUGCAGAACAAAGAGAGUGGAGAAAGUGCAGUGGAGGCCUCCAGAUUUCUCGUGGUUGAAGCUUAAUACAGAUGGUGCUUAUGAGGGGGCUUCAGGUAAGGCAGGAGCAGGGGGUAUUAUCAGAAACCAUUUGGGAGACAUUGUGGAAGGCUUCUACACACCUUUAACAGCGGCAUCUGGUUUUGAGGCUGAAUUAAAGGCUCUACUGGAGAGAAUUGUGAUAGCAAAGGCACAUAGUUGCAAUUUGUGGCUGGAAACAGAUGCGGAGAGGCUUUUCUCAAUCCUGGAGAAGAACCAUUUGUGGCCAGCCGAGAUGAGGCACAACAUGGCAAGGAUAUACAUGGAGCUUAGAGAUAUCCAGUGGAAGGUAACGUGCAUUCGGAGAGAAGGUAAUAAGGUUGCUGAUCUGAUGGCUUCUCUGGGAAAGGAGAGUCAGUCCCUGACUAGACUUGGGGCUGAUUAG